UCCCUCGCACCGGCGCACACUCGCAGGGGAAGGGCCAGCCGCGGCUGGCGUCGGGGGGCGGAGGGACCGCGGCGGCGGCCGCCGCAUCCUCGCCUCCUGCCCCGGCCCGGCAGCUUCCCGGAGCCGUCGGGCAUGGAGCCGUGGAAGCAGUGCGCGCAGUGGCUCAUCCACUGCAAGGUGCUGCCCGCCAACCACCGGGUGACCUGGGACUCGGCGCAGGUGUUCGACCUGGCCCAGACCCUCCGCGAUGGAGUCCUGCUCUGCCAGCUGCUCAACAACCUCCGGGCGCACUCCAUCAACCUGAAGGAGAUCAACCUGAGACCGCAGAUGUCCCAGUUUCUCUGUUUGAAGAACAUAAGGACAUUCCUCACGGCCUGUUGCGAGACAUUUGGAAUGAGAAAGAGUGAACUCUUCGAGGCGUUUGACCUGUUUGAUGUCCGUGACUUUGGAAAGGUUAUAGAAACAUUAUCACGACUUUCUCGCACACCUAUAGCGUUGGCCACAGGAAUCAGGCCCUUCCCAACAGAAGAAAGCGUUGAUGAUGAGGACAUCUACAAAGGCCUGCCUGAUUUAAUAGAUGAAACCCUUGUGGAAGAUGAAGAGGGUCUGUACGACUGUGUUUAUGGGGAAGACGAAGGUGGCGAAGUGUACGAGGACUUGAUGAAGGCGGAGGAAGCACAUCAGCCUAAAUGUCCAGAAAAUGACAUACGAACUUGCUGCCUAGCAGAAAUUAAGCAGACAGAAGAAAAAUAUACAGAAACAUUGGAGUCAAUAGAAAAAUAUUUCAUGGCACCAUUAAAAAGAUUUCUGACAGCAGCAGAAUUUGAUUCCGUAUUCAUCAACAUUCCUGAACUUGUAAAAGUUCAUCGGAACCUCAUGCAAGAGAUUCAUGAUUCCAUUGUAAAUAGAAACGACCAGAACUUGUAUCAAGUUUUCAUUAACUACAAGGAAAGGUUGGUUAUUUAUGGGCAAUACUGCAGCGGAGUGGAGUUGGCCAUCUCUAGUUUAGACUACAUUUCCAAGACAAAAGAAGAUGUCAAACUGAAAUUAGAGGAAUGUUCUAAAAGAGCAAAUAAUGGGAAAUUUACUCUUCGAGAUUUGCUUGUGGUUCCUAUGCAGCGUGUUUUAAAGUAUCACCUUCUCCUUCAGGAGCUGGUCAAACAUACCACUGAUCCUAUGGAGAAGGCGAAUCUGAAACUGGCUCUUGAUGCAAUGAAGGACUUGGCACAAUACGUGAAUGAAGUGAAAAGGGAUAAUGAGACCCUUCGUGAAAUUAAGCAGUUUCAGCUAUCUAUAGAAAACUUGAAUCAACCAGUUUUGCUUUUUGGACGACCGCAGGGAGAUGGUGAAAUUCGAAUAACCACUCUAGACAAGCAUACAAAACAAGAAAGGCAUAUCUUCUUAUUUGAUUUGGCAGUGAUUGUAUGUAAAAGGAAAGGUGAUAACUAUGAAAUGAAGGAAAUAAUAGAUCUUCAGCAGUACAAAAUAGCCAACAAUCCUACAACCGAUAAAGAAACUAAAAAGUGGUCUUAUGGCUUCUACCUCAUCCAUAUCCAAGGACAAAAUGGGUUAGAAUUUUAUUGCAAAACAAAAGAUUUAAAGAAAAAGUGGCUGGAACAGUUUGAAAUGGCUUUAUCCAACAUAAGGCCAGACUUUGCAGACUCCAAUUCCCACGAGUUCAAGAUGCACACCUUCAACCGGGUUACAUCCUGCAAAGUCUGCCAGAUGCUCCUGAGGGGAACAUUUUAUCAAGGCUACUUAUGUGUUAAGUGUGGGGCGAGAGCGCACAAAGAAUGUUUGGGAAGAGCAGACAAUUGCGGCAGAGUUAAUUCUGCUGAACAAGGGACGCUCAAACCAUCCGAGAAACGGACCAAUGGACUCCGAAGAACUCCCAGACAGGUGGAUCCAGGUUUACCAAAGAUGCAGGCCAUUAGGAACUACACUGGAACGCCAGCCCCCGCUCUUCAUGAAGGACCCCCGUUACACAUCCAGGCAGGAGAUACAGUUGAACUUCUGAGAGGAGAUGCACACAGUCUGUUUUGGCAGGGUAGAAAUUUAACAUCUGGAGAGGUUGGACUUUUUCCGAGUGACGCUGUCAAGCCUUGCCCGUGUGUGCCCAAACCAGUAGAUUAUUCUUGCCAACCUUGAUGAGGAAACAAAGGUUACAGCCAACCAGCUAGUAAGUGGUACAGCCAGGAUUCCAAGUCAUGCUGUUUGUACACCACCUGUCAAAGUACAAAACAUGGGCAUAUUUACUUAUUUAUAUUUGUUUCCUGACUUUUGAGUUGGCUCCUCUUAAAAUGACUACAUCUGUUUAUAUUUUCUUGAUAUUGAAAUAUAUGCAUACAAAUUAGAUAUCAGGAUAUGUAUAUAUAUGAGAUAUUCUGAGAGUAUAUAGUACUAGUUCAGUUUGCAAGUGUAGCUAACACCUGAGUUAUUUGAUAUUAUAAAUUCUGGUCAUUUUCUGUUAAAUAACCAAAGCAUGGAAAAUGUCAGGUUACUGUAGGAAUACGUUGUCCAUAGUAUAGGACCCUCUCUUCAGCCAUCUUGCUAUCCAUCCCCAGCUACAUCUGCCUUCUGUAGUCAUUGUCUGCUUUCUCUGACAUCCCUCCCUGGGCUUCAGCACUGAGCUUGCUGGAGAAAUUGUAGCAGGUGUGUGAUGGAACUGUAAAUCUUUGUGACAUGUUUACCCAGUUUAAGACAAAUCUGAAGUCUUAGUUUUUGUGGAAUUAAAGACUAUAACCCUGACAAAUUAAAUUUGGAGAAUAGAGCUGAUAGCAUAGACAAUCAAACUGAAAAUCAUCAAGAACUGGUCAAAUCAUGAGAGUGUAAUGAUAGUUUCCUUCUCUUUUCUUUUACUGUUUUUCAUAUAAGUAGGCAUAAUAGUUACAAAAGUAAUGAUUUUAGAGAAAUACUACUGCCCUGAAUUUUAUGAAAUAAACCAAUCAGGUACCCGGGAACCAUUCAGAGCACAGGAGAUUAGCUUUUGAACCCUUUGUUUCCAAAUGUACCCUUGCCAAUAUAACUGUAAAAUUCCAUUGAAAAUGUGACCAGUUAGAAUAGUAUUGUUCCUAAUGAUUAGAAAAAAAAAAAUCAAGAUGUUCAGAUGAGGGAAGACCCUUGAAAAGAGUAAGAAAUAAAGAUAUAGUCGAAUUUCAAAUUUACUUUUUUUUUUCUUUUCUGAGCAACUUGGACAAUUUCUUCACACUAAGCUGGCAGUUUCAUGUGAAAUGCUUUCUGCUAAGGAACAAAAUGAUCAACUAUACCACAAAAUGAAACCUUCAAUUUCAGAAAUACUAAACUAUUUAGAGAAAAAUUAUAUUGUGGUUCUCAAGUCAUUAAGAAGUUGAAUAUUACCAAUUGUAUGGUGUAUUUAUGUUAUUUUCACAUUUUAAAACAAGUUGUUCCCAUAAGGUAAAUUUUGUCUCUUUUAUAGGCCAUGAAAUAAAAUGGAAUUCAAGAUGAUUAUCUUCAACAAUCUUAUGUUUCUGGGUGUUAUGAAGGCAGGGAUGAGGCAUGAGCUUAAAUUUUGGGAACUGCCUGAAAAUCCUUAUGAAGAAAAGGAUACAGAUGCCAAAGUCCCUACCUCAGCCUCCAAGUAGUCAGGCAACUUACCUUUCCCUACCUUAGCAGGAGACAUGAGUAAGAAGGUAUAUUACAUGGAAAAAUUGAGCCAUAUGGGGCCUACAUUUGGAAAGAGCAGGCCCAGCAGAAGUUGGGAGAGAUCCCAUACUGAAAACAGAUGGGUCCAAUUAAGGAAAGUCAACAUAAAGACUGAUGAUGUUCCCAGUUCCUUUGUGUAGCUCAGUUUCAAUACUCUGAUAGCUGCAUCUCGCACACAUGUACUACUCUCUUCUUGCAUCCAGAUAGGAGUCUGGAAGAUUUUUCUCUAAAGAAACUCAAUGGACUCAGAAUAAAAAUCCUAAAAUCCAGCCCCAUCAUCAGGUUCUUGCCAAACGAUCAGGUUCCUACCCAAUGAGCCUCCCCUGCUUUCCCCACAGAGAGCUUCCAGUCAGUUCUUGGAUGCCUUCCUCUUAAACAUGAGCAGACAACAAGGAGUAACCAGACAUUUGAGAAAAGCCUUGAAAUAGAGAAUAAAUGCAAAAAAGAAACUUAGAAGAAUUACAGAUAUUAGAAUGGGCAGAAAAAGAAGCCUUUAAUUUAUAGUCUCAGAAUUAAGAUAAUAUAUCCAUAGAAGUGAGGUGCAUGUUUUAUAAAAAGGACAGAGAACUUGAAAGAGCUCCUCUAAGUUAAGUACUGAGUAGAGAAACUAGAAAAUAAAGUUGAGUAAAUCCUCCAGAAAAUCAAAGAGAGAUAAUAUGAGAAAAGAUAGACAGUUGACCCCAGAAGUUCAGAAGGAGACACUGAGAACAACAAUUAUCAAAGAAAUAAUACAAAAAUUUUUUAGAACUGAAGGGUGUAUGUCUCCAAAUCAAAGAUGCUACCGAGAACCCAGGACAAUAUUGAACUUUUCAGUACAGCAUAUAACUGGAAGGCAUAUUAUCAUGGAAUUUUGGUAGAUAGAGAAAACAAAGAAUCUGAGUGUUUCCAGGGAGAAAAAAAAAGCAGAUUACAAAGACUCAGAAAUCAGGAUGGCAUUGAAUUGGAAGUUAGAACAAUAGAGCGAUGCCUUAAAACUUGAGAAGUAAAUGAUUUCUCACUUAGAAUUCUAUAUCCAGCCAAAUUGUGAAUUAAGGAUUAUUAAGUAAAAUAAAAAUAUGUUCAGGGCUUCCUAGGUGGUGCAGUGGUUGAGAAUCUGCCUGCCAAUGCAGGGGACAUGGGUUCAAUCCCUGCUCCAGGAAGGUCCCACAUGCCACGGAGCAACAAAGCCCAUGUGCCACAACUACUGAGCCUGCCCUUUAGAGCCCAUGAGCCACAACUAUUGAGCCCAUGUGCUGUAACUACUGAAGCCCACAAACCUAGAGCCCAUGCUCCACAACAAGAGAAGCCAUGGCAAUGAGGAGCCCAUGCACCGCAAUGAAGAGUAGCCCCCACUCACCGCAAUUAAAAGAAAGCCUGCGCACAGCAAAAAAAAAAAAAAAAAAAAAAAAAAACCCAACACAGCCAAUAAAAUAAAUACAUAAAUACAUAAAUAAAUUUUAAAAAAUAAAAUAAAAAUAUGUUCAUAGAUGUGAGGCCUUCUGAGUAUUACAUCCAUGUAUUCAUUUAUAGGAAUCUGAAAGAUGAGCUAGUAAACCAAGAAAAAGAGCAAGAUACAGAAUCUAGGAAAUGAGAGCAAAGGAAUGUCCAGGAUGACAGUAAUUCGGCAGGCUUAGAGAACAAGCAGUGUUAAUUAGACCAAGAGGGUGGAGGACUUGGGAAAAAUGAAUAUCUCCACAGAAAAAAUUAAUAGGUACAGUACAUGGUGUUGAAAAGGUAUCCUUGAGGGGUUUAUAAUUCUUGGAGAAUUUGGAAAAAAUCUGUGGUAGAGACAAAGAAGCUUGAUCAAACAAAAACUUGAGGAUUUGUUUCUUUGAUGUCAGAUGUUCUUCAAAUGUGACAGUGUGACAAAACUCACUUCUAUGGAUAUAUUGUCAUCUCAAUCCUGAGAAUAUAAAUGAAAGGCUUCUUUCUUCUGUCCAUUCUAAUGUCAGAUGAUGGCUUAGCUGUGGAGAGGUUACAGAAGGAAGAAUGAGAACCAGCACUAUGAAGGAUGAGCAUAGGUUGAGAAAGUGAUUUUCCAUUCUGAUAUCUAAAAUUGAUAAAGACCCAGAAGGAGAAGAGAGAGAGAGGGCCUGAAAAAAAUAUUUGAAGAGAUUAUAGACGAAAACUUCCCUAACGUGAGAAAGGAAACACUCACUCAAAUCCAGAAAUCAGAGAGAGUCCUAUACAAGAUAAACCCAAGAAGGAACACGCUGAGACAUAUUAAACUGAUGAAAAUUAAAGACAGAAAAAAAUAUUAAAAGCAACAAGGGAAAAGCAGCAAAUACAUACAAGGGAAUCCUAAUAAGGUUAUCAGCAGAAAUUCUGCAGUUCAGAAGGGAGUAGCAUGAUAUAUUUAAUGUGAUGAAAGGGAAAAACCUACAACUGAGACUACUUUACCCAGCAAGGCUCCUAUUCAGAUUUGACAGAGAAAUCAAAAGUUUUACGGAUAAGCAAAAGUAAGAGAAUUCAGCACCAUGAGACCAGCUUUGCAACAAAUGCUAAAGGAACUUCUCUAGAUGGAAAGGGCCACAACUAGAAUCAAGAAAAUUACAAAUGGGAAUGCUCAUCAAUAAAGGCAAAUAUAAAGUAAAUGUUGGAAAUCAUCCACACACAAGUAUGAGAUCAAAACCAGCUAUCAUGAGAAGACAGUACAAAUGCAGGAUGUUGGAAAUGCACUUAAACUGAAGAGAUCAACAACUUAAAACAAGCUUGUACAUGUAUAGACUGCUGUAUCAAAACCUCAUGGGAGAUAUAUAAUGGGAGGAGACAAGAUGCCAGUGUAGAAGGAUGUGAGCUCACCCCUUCUCAUGGAAACACCAAAAUCACAACUAACUGCUGAACAGCUACCAACAAAAAAAUGCUUGAACCUACAAAAAAGAUAUUCUACAUCCAAAGACAAAAAAGAAGCCACAACAAGAUGGUGGGAGGGGCACAAUCAUAAUAAAAUUAAAUCCCAUACAUAGCAGGUGGGAACCUCACAAACUGGAAAACUAUUAUACCACAGAAGUCGUCCCACAGGAGUGAAAGUUCUGAGCCCCACGUCAGGCUCCCCAGCCUGAAGGUGUGGCAAUGGGAGAAGGAGCCCCCAGAGAAUUUUGCUUUGAAGGCCAGCAGGGUUUGAUCACAGGAAUUCCACAGGACUGGGGGAAAAGAAACCCCACGCUUAGGGGGUGCACCCAGGGUCUUGUGUGCAUGAGGACCCAGGGAUAAAAGCAGUAACCUCAUAAGAAACUGGGCCAGACUUACCUGCUAAUAUUAGAGGGUCUCCUGCAGAGGUGGGGGGUGACUGUGGUUCACUGAAGGGACAAAGACACUGGUGAUGGCAGUUUUGGCAAGUACUCACUGGCAUGAGCCCUCUUAGAAGCUGCCAUUUUCUCAACAAGACCUGGCCCCACCUAACAGUCUGAAGGCACCAGUGCUGGGAUGCCUCAGGCCAAACAACCAACAGGGCAGGAACACAGCCCCACCCAUUAGCAGACAGGCUGCUUAAAGUCUUCCUGAAUAAACAGCUGCCGGAUAAACACACCCCCUGACAUGGCCCUGCCCAUGAGAGGAAUGAGACUGAGCUCCACCCACCAGUGGGCAGGUACCAGUCCCUCCCACCAGGAACAAGCAAGCCUCUUAGCCUCAUCCACCUGGAGGAAGACAGCAGAAGCAAGAAGAACUACAACCCUGCAGCCUGUAGAACAGAAACCACAAUCACAGAAAUUUAGACAAAAUGAGACAGCAGAGGAAUAUGUCCCAGACUAAAGCACAAGAUAAAACCCCAGAAAAACAACUCAGUAAAGUGGAGAUAGGCAGUCCACCUGAAAAAGAAUUCAGAGUAAUGAUAAAGAUGAUCCAAGGCUUGGAAAAAGAAUGAGACACAUCGAGAAGAUACAAGAAAUACUUAACAAAGACCUAGAAGAACUAAAGAACAAACAAAGAUAAACAAUACAAUAACUGAAAUAAAAAGAUAAACUAGAAGGAAUCAACAGCAGAAUAACUGAGGCAGAAGAAUGGAUAAGUGAGCUAAAGGACAGAAUGGUGGAAAUCAUUGCCAUGGAACAGAUUAAGGAAAAAAGAAUGAAAAGAAAUGAGGACAGUCUAAGAGACCUCUGAGACAACAUUAAAUGCACCAACAUUCACAUUAUAGGGGUCCCAGAAGGAGAAGGGAGAAAGAAUCUGAGAAAACAUUUGAAGAGAUAAUAGCUGAAAACGUCCCUAACAUGGGAAAGGAGACAGUCACCCAAGUCCAGGAAGCAAAAAGUGUCCCAGGCAGGACAAACCCAAGGAGGAACACACUGAGACACAUAGUAAUCAAACUGACAAAAAUUAAAGAUAAAGAAAAAAUAUUAAAAGCAACAAGAAAAAAGCAAUAAAUAGCCUACAGGGGAACUCCCAUAUGGUUAUCAGCUGAUUUUUCACCAGAAACUCUGCAGGCCAGAAGGGAGUUGCAUGAUAUAUUUAAAGUGACCAAAGGGGAGAACCUACAAUCAAGAAUAUUCUACCCAGCAAAGCUCUCAUUCAGAUUUGAUGGAGAAAUCAAAAACUUUAUAUAAAAGCAAAAGCCAAGAGAAUUCUGUACCACCAGAUCAGCUUUUCAACAAAUGCCAAAGGAACUUCUCUAGGCAGAAAAGGCCACAACUAGAAUCAAGAAAAUUACAAAUGGAAAAACUCACCGGUAAAGGCAAAUAUACAGAAAGGUAGGAAAUCAUCACCACACAAAUAUAUCAAAACAACCAAUUGUGAAAAGAUGAGAGCACAAAUGCAGGAUAUUGAAAAUGCAUUUGAAAUUAAAAGAUCAGCAACUUAAAACAAUCCUGUGUAUAUAUAGAAUGCUAUAUCAAAACCUCAUGGUAACUGCAAACAUAAAAAUCUACAAUAGAGACACACACAGAAAGGAAAAAGGAAUCCAAAUACAACACUAAAUUUAGUCAUCAAAUUACAAGAGAAGAGAACAAAAUAGGAAGUGGAGAAAAACCACCACCAAAACCAAAUCCAAAACAAUUAAAAAAAUGUCAGUAAGAACAUACAUAUUGAUAAUUACCUUAAACAUAAAUGGAUUAAAUGCAACAAUCAAGAGACACUGGCUAGCUGAAUGGAUACAAAAACAAGACCCAUAUAUACAGUGUCUACAAGAGACCCACUUCAGAUCUAGGGACACAUACAGACUGAAAGUGAGAAGAUGGUAAAAGAUAUUCCAUGCAAAUGAAAAUCAAAAGAAAGCUGUAGCAGCAAUACUACAGAUCUAGGGACACAUACUGACUGAAAGUAAGAAUAUGUAAAAAAAAAAAAAAAAUGUAUUCCAUGCAAAUGGAAAUCAAAAGAAAGCUGGAUUAACAAUACUCAUACCAGACAAAAUAGACUUUAAAAAUAAAGAGUGUUGCAAGAGACAAAGGACGCUACAUAAUGAUCAAGAGAAUAAUCCACAAAGAACUUAUAACAAUAAUAAACAUAUACGCAUCAAACAUAGGAGCCCCUAAACAUACAAGGCAAAUACUAACAGCCAUAAAAGGAGAAACUUACAGCAACACAAUAAUAGUGGGGGACUUUAACACCCCACUUUCAUCAACGGACAGGUCAUCCAGACAGAAAAUCAGUAAGGAAACCCAGGCCUUAAAUGACACAUUAGACCAGGUGGACUUAAUUGAUAUUUAUACAGCAUGCCAUCCAAAAGCAGCAGAAUACACAUUCUUCUCAAGUGCAUGUGGAACAUUCUCCAGGAUCACAUGCUGGACUACAAAGCACAUCUCAAUAAAUUUAAGACAAUUGAAAUCUUAUCAGGCAUCUAUUCCGACCAUGAUGCUACAAGACUAGAAAUCAACUACAAGAAAGAAAACUGUAAAAAACACAAACAAGUGGAAGCUAAACAAUAUGCUACUAAACAACCAAAGGAUCACUGAACAAAUCAAAGAGGAAAUCAAAAAAUACCUAGAGACGGAUGAAAAUGAAAGCACAACAAUCCAAAACCUAUGGGACACAGUAAAGGCAGUUCUAAGAAGGAAGUUUAUAGCAAUACAAUCUUACCUCAGGAAACAAGAAAAAUUUCAAAUAAAUAACCUAAUCUUCAAUAUGUGCAGAUCAGUGUGAUACACCACAUUAACAAAUUAAAGAAUAAAAACUACAUAAUCAUCUCAACAGAUGCAGAGAAAGCUUUUGACAAAAUUCAACACCCAUUUAUGACAAAAAAUCUCCAGAAAGUGGGAAUAGAGGAAACUUACCUCAACAUAAGAAGACCAUCUAUGACAAACCCACAGCUAACAUCAUUCUCAAUGGUGAAAAGCUGAAAGCAUUCCCUCUAAGGUCAGGAAUAAGGCAAGGAUGUCCAUUUUGCCACUUUUAUUCAACAUAAUUUUGGAAGUCCUAGCCACAGCAAUCAGAGAAGAAAAAGAAAUAAAGGGAAUGCUAAUUGGAAAAGAAGUAAAACUGUCACUGUUUGCAGAUGACAUCAUACUAUACAUAGAAAAUCCUAAAGAUGCUACCAGAAAACUACUAGAGCUCAUCUAUGAAUUUGGUAAAGUUUCAGGAUACAAAGUUAAUUCAUGAAAUCUUUUGCAUUUCUAUAUACUAACAACAAAAGAUCAGAAAGAGAAAUUAAAGAAACAAUCCCAUUUACCAUCACAUCAAAAAAGAAUAAAAUACCUAGGAAUAAACCUACCUAAGGAGGCAAAAGACCUGUACUCUGAAAACUUUAAGACAGUGAUGAAAAAAUCAAAGAUGACACAAACAGAUGGAAAGAUGUACCACAUUCUUGGCUUCGAAGAAUCAGUAUCGUAAAAGUGACAAUACCACCCAAGGCAACCUACAGAUUCAAUGCAAUCUCUAUCAAAUUACCAAUGUCAUUUUUCACAAAACUAGAACAAAAGAUUUUUAAAUUUGUAUGGAGACACAAAAAACUCCGAAUAGCCAAAACAAUCUUGAGAAAGAAAAACGGAGCUGGAGGAAUCAGGCUCCCUGACUUCAGACUAUACUACAAUGCUACAGUCAUCAGAACAGUAUGGUACUGGCACAUAAACAGAAAUAUAGAUCAGGGGAACAGGACUGAAAGCCCAGAAAUAAACCCAUGCACAUAUGGUCAAUUAAUCUAUGACAAAGGAGGAAUUUCCCUGGUGGUCCAAUAGUUAAGAUUGUGCACUUCCACUGCAAGGACCACAUGUUCGAUCCCUAGUUAGGGAACUAAGAUCCCAUGUGCCAUGCAGUACAAUCAAAAAAUUAAAAAGAAAAAAUUUAAAUCUAUGGCAAAGGAGGGAAGAAUGUACAAUGGAGAAAAGACAGUCUCUUCAGUAAUUGAUGCUGGGAAAAAAACUGGACAGCUACAUGUAAAAGAAUGAAAUUAGAACAUUCUCUAAUACCAUACACAAAAAUAAACUCAGAGUGGUUCAAUGACCUAAAUGUAAGGCCAGACACUAUAAAAUUCUUAGAGGAAAACAGGCAGAACACUCUUUGACAUAAAUCUCAGCAAUAUCUUUUUGGAUUCACCUCCUAGAGUAAUGAAAUUAAAAGCAAAAAUAAACAAAUGGGACCUAAUUAAACUUAAAAGCUUCUGCACAGCAAAAAAAACCAUAAAAAUACAAACACAAAAGACAGCCCACAAAAUGGGAGAAAACAUUCACAAAUGAAGCAACUGGCAAGGGAGUAAUCCCCAAAAUAUACAAACAGUUCAAGCAGCUCUAUGUCAAAACAAAACAAAACACCCAAUCAAAAAAUGGACAGAAGACCUAAAGAAACAUUUCUCCAAAGAUGACAUACAGAUGGCCAAAAGACAUAUGAAAAGAUGCUCAGGACUUCCCUGGUUGUCCAGUGGUAAAGAAUCUGCCUUCCAAUGUAGAGACAUGGGUUCGAUCCUUGGUCAGGGAACUAAGAUCCCAAAUGCUGCAUGGCAACUAAGCCCACGUGCCACAACUACUGUGCCUCAGCAAGAGAGUCCAUGUGCCACAAACCACAGAGCCCAUGCACUGGAGCCCAGGUGCCACAACUAGAGAGAUAAAAACCCAUAUGCCACAGCUAGAGAGAAGCCUGCAUGCUGCAACAAAAGAUUCCGCAUGCUGCAACAAAAGAUUCCGCAUGCCACAACUAAGACCCAGUGCAGCCAAAUUAAUUAAUUAAAAGAAAAGAUGCUCAACAUCACUAGUUAUCAGAGAAAUGCAAAUCAAAACUACGAGGUAUCACACACUGGUCAGAAUAGCCAUCAUCAAAAAGUCCACAAACAAUAAAUGCUGGAGAGGGUGUGGAGAAAAGGGAACCCUCCUACACUAUUGGCAGGAAUGUAAAUUGGUACUACCACUAUGGAAAACAGUAAGGAGGUUCCUUAAAAAACUAAAAAUGGAACUACCAUAUGAUCCAGCAAUCCCACUCCUGGGCACAUAUCCAGAUAAAAACAUGGUUCAAAAGGAUACAUGCACCCCAGUGUUCACUACAGCACUAUUUACAAUAGCCAAGACAUGGAAGCAACCUAAAUGUCCAUCAGGGGUUGAAUGGAUAAAGAAGAGGAGGUACAUUCAUACAAUGGAAUAUUACUCAGCCCUAAAAAAUGAAAUGAUGCCACUUGCACCAACAUGCAUGGACCUAGAUAUAUCAUAUUAAGUGAAGUUAGAGAAUGACAAAUAUCAUAUGGUAUCACUCAUAUGUAGAAUCUAAUUUUUUUAAGUGACACAAAUGAACUUAUUUACAAAACAGAAACAGCCUUUCAGAUAUGGAAAACUUAUUGUUACCAAAGGGGAAACAUGGGCAGGGGGAUAAAUCAGGAGUUUGGGAUAAACAUACACACACUACUGUAUAUAAGAUAGAUAACCAACAAGGACAUAUUGUAUAGAACAGGGAACUCUACUCAAUAUUCUGUAAUAACCUGUAAAAGAAAAGAAUCUAAAAAAGAAUGAAUAUAUGUAUAUGUAUAACUGAAUCAUUUUGCUUGUACACCUAAAACACAAUAUUGUGAAUUGACUAUACUCCAAUAAAAUUAAAAUUUUAAAAAAUAAAAUUGAUAAAUUGUAGUUUAAUCAUGUUAUUUAAAAAUAUUCAAGUAGAUAUUAAAAAAAUAAGAAGGAAAUAUAGGUGAAAUACUUGAAAUGGGACAUGGGGUAGAAUCUGAUAAGAUGCAGUAGUGUUGCUUUUUCAUUAUAGUUUUAUAGUACGAGUUGACUUAAAAACUAUGUUCAUGUGUUACUUUGAUAAAAAUGCUAUACUAUAUGCUAAUUGCCAUAAAUGCAAUGAAGGACAUUAGCGAUACUGUAAUGAUAAUAAUGGAGAGUGCCAGAUACAGGACAGUGUUCCUUAGCUGGGAUGGUCAGAGAAGACUCUAAACCUGAGGAUGAGAAGGAAUGUGUGUUGAUAGAGGGUGAGAGUUUUCUAACAUGGGAAUAUAAUCUAUGCAAAGACUCUUAGAAUCCUUGAACCUGAAAGAAGGGGCUUGUUAGAGAUAAGAUUGAAGAGGAAGAUGUGAGUCAGAUCAUACUAGGUACUAAUAGUUCAUGAGUUAUCCCAACUUUAACCCAAGGUACCAUCUACAUAAAAUACCCUUAGCUUUUCCUCUAUACUUGGUGGAAACCUCACAUGUCCCCCCUCAACAAGCUUGUUGAAUGCUUACCAUGUGUAUUUUAAAUAAAUACUGGUUUGGCCAAAAAGUUAGUUUGGUUUUAAGUAAAAAUAAAAGACAUUUUUCAUUUUCACGAAGAACUUUAUUGAAUGUAUUCACUAACGGAACAAACUUCUUGGCCAACCCAAUAUUUAGCAUAGAUUAUAGAUGUGGGUAUUUAAACUGGGUUAUAAGAGUCUAUAUGUAAAUCAGAAAAUUUUCUAGAAUAUUGAUUUGAAAGAUAGCCAAUCUCAACAUAAAAGUUUUUCCUUUAACUUUUAUUACCCAUAAUCUCUGAUAUAUUUUGUCAAUAAAUGCUAAACCUGUAUUUGAUGCGAAGGGUCAUUAAAGAAUAUUUUAACAUUGAAUUUGGGCCUUUUAUUGUUAUUGUUAUGGAAUCUGGGUAUGCGUAAGGCCAGUAAAGUUUAGGGAGGAUUGAAUUCUGGUUUUGAAAAUAUCCACCUUUUGAAAAUUUUAAUCACUAUGACUAGUUUCUUAAGAAAAUUGGUUAUCAAAAUUGUGGACUACAAGAAUUAAUCUUAUAUCCAAAAAAUAAUUAUUUAAAAAUAAUUUAAAUUGUUUCUCAAUUUUCUUAAUACUCAAAGGAGAUUUUAUUUCAUACUGUUUUACCUAGAAAAGGUGAAAUUUUGGAGGAGUGUGUAUGUGUGUACACGUGUAUAAUAUAUCUGUGUAUGUGUUGCACAGGGCAAUCCUUCCCUACAAGUCUUUUUCCUUCUUGUCCCUAAACUCCUCACAACUCCCUCUCUAACCCAAUACCUAUUAACUCCUCUCUUUGUACCAUUUAUUUAUUUGACAAAUAUUUACUGUUGUUAGGCAUUGUUCACUUCACUGUUUUAUUUGUAGAGCAUUUGUGUUAGGACAUAUUUAAAGGGCUUCUUUCUGCAUUUUUUUAAAUUAAUAUAAUUAGUAUAGAAGCAAAAAACAGUUCAGAUCUGCCACUAAAUUAAAAUCCUAGCAGAUACUCAUUUUUAGCCUCUGUUCUC